AUGGAGUAUUUUAUCCAAGAAAAAGUUAUGUCUAACAUUUGCAAUCAUAAAAUAUUUAUUAUGACGUCAAUUCUAGUCUUACUUUUAUACAUUUUAAUGUGGUUCCGAAAAAGACAAACGCUAACAAGCUCCUUGUCGAUUUUUGAAGUUCCAUUAAUUAUGUCAUGCUGUUCCAUUACUAUCUCGGCUAUUUAUCUACUUUUGAAACAAUUUUUGAGAACAGAAAAUUAUGAAAGCGAAAGCAAAGUCAAUAUCUAUAGUUUGAUGUUUUACGUGAGCACAGACUUCAUUACUAUGGCAAAUAAUGUUGUUCUACCUUUGUUGUUCAGUCAUACCCUAUGUUUUUUCAUCAAAAGCAUAAAAUUCCGUGUUUUCAUGGUCUUUAUCAGUUUAGUAUACACCAAUUUAAAAUAUUUCAUACUCAUCAAACUCGUGCCAAAUUUCAAGCAAUUCUAUUUUAUAUCUAACAUGAACCCUGCAAACUGUCUGGUCAUCAAUCCUAUCGACUUAUCAAUGAUGUUUCUUACAGUAUGUUUUGUUUUUGUACGACUACGAUAUUUGAAUGAAACCUUAACCUAUGAAGACUCUAUCGUUAUAUUGGAAAUUGUGGUCUUUAUAGUAAUCAAAGUUUAUGGGUUAAUUGCUGAUAUGAUAUCAAUUAAUUUAUUCAAAAAAGAAAUGCUUCUUACAAUUAUGAUGAAAGAUCUGAAAACUGAAGUGUUGCUUGCUAAAAAUUAUCAAUUUAAUCAAUUAAUACUGCCGUAUCUGUUUGUAUUUUGUGGAGUUUUAAUACGACUAGAUGAUCUAAGAAAGAAAACAAAAGUUCAAAUGUCUGAAACAAAUGGAAAUGGACAGCACAAGUGUAACAUUGAAGGAAAAAAUAAUAAUACAGCAAAUCAUUCUGAUGUAGUUGGAGAAAAUUUAGAGAACGAAUAA